CGGCAAAAAAAAGUAGAAAAUUUUUCUAUCUUGUUAAUGCGAAUGCAAUAGAACGUUUAUUUUGUCGGUCAAAAAGUGUGUGUGUGCUAUGGAAACAAGUUUAGAGGAAAGUAUGGAUGCGGACAGAGCAAGUUCAAGUCCACAAGACUCGCAAGACGAAUCUCCGCCAGCAGCUGCGAUUAAUGGCAAAACAACAAUAUUGAAAGAAGGGCCCAACAAUAAUAAUGGGGUAGCUAAUGAAAAAUCAAACGCCAGUGAAGUGCAGCAAUGGAGCAAGCCUUUUAAUGCGUUUAGCGGUCGUCCAAUAGGCGAACACACGCAAAUGCAACAACAGCUCCAGCAGCAGCAACAACAACAACAGCAGCAGCAGCUGCAGCAACAACAACAGCAGCAUAUGAACACUAAUCAACCCCCACCAGGCGUUAAUGGGGUGUCACAGUCGCCACCUGAAAUUUGGGUGGAAACCAAAGCGGAAGAUGGACGCUCGUAUUAUUAUCACGCGGUAACACGUGAAACAACUUGGACGCGGCCUGAGGGCCCAAACAUCAAGAUCAUGACACAAGUGGAGGUGGAAGAGCUGGCCAAACGCCAGCCAAAUGCUGCCAAAGCAGACGCAGCCGAACAUGGCGAUGGGCCGAAAGCAGCAGCUGUUGUUGUGCCCCAUUUGACAUCGCAACCGCCGCCACAUUUGCUAAAUCAGCCGCCACCAAAUGGCGCCACGCCGUUGCUUAGUCAACCGCCGCCCAAUGUGCGCCAGCAGCCGCCACCUAUGUUCCAGCAACAGCAGCCGCCGCCUGGCAUGCAGCCGCCACCUGGAUUUGGGCAGCCGCCGCCCUUUUGCAUGCCACCACCUGCCUAUGGCUUUCCUGGUGGGGCACCAGCCGGCCCUUGGGGCGUUGGCGUGCCGCCAUGGCAACAGCAACAACAACAGCAGCACAUGCAGCAUGCGCCGCCUGCAGCUGCGCAGCAGGAUAAGCCCGCUAAGAAUCUAAUCAUUAAGCCGGGCGUCAUUGAUCCAGCUGUUAUUGCACGUGCCGCCGAAUGGUCCGAGCAUCGUGCACCCGACGGACGUCCCUACUAUUUUCAUGCGGCACGCGGCGAGAGCGUUUGGGAGAAACCGCAGGCGUUGCGCGACAUGGAAGCCGCACGCAUGGCGGCGCAUUCGGGCGCCGCACCGCAAGGGCCGCCAGCUGGGAUGCCUCCGCACCUGCUGCCGAAUCCGUUAAUGCAUAUGCCACCUGGCGCUGGACCCGGUUUCGAUGCGCAAAUGGCUUUUGCCGCAGCGGCGGCGGCCAUGAAGGCAAACAGCGAGAACAAUAAGGCAGCGCAGGCUGCAGCGUUGGAGAAGGAAGCGAAAAAGGCUGCCGAGGAGAAACGCAAGAAGGAGGAGGAACAAAAGAAGUUGGCCGCUGCAGCCGCAGCCACAGCAAAGCAAACGGAUAAGUCGCGUCCCGUGACCAGCACUCCGAUUGCUGGAACACCUUGGUGUGUUGUUUGGACGGGCGAUGCUCGAGUGUUUUUCUACAAUCCAUCGACGCGCACAUCGGUGUGGGAUCGUCCCGAGGAUCUAAUGAAUCGCGAGGAUGUAGACAAGGCGGUGAAUGAGCGACCAGAGCAAUUAAAGACAGCCGAGGAGAAAUCGUCGGAGGCCGAGCAAAAGCCAGAAGAGAAUACCGCGACGCAAGAGCAGCAGACAACACUCCAGCAGCAGCAACAACAGCAGUCAACGCAGCAGCCAACACAGCAACAGCAGCGCAUGGAAGCGGAUGAGGACGAGGAUGACGAGGUGAUUAAGAUACGCACCGAGUCCGAGUCCAGUGUGGAAGAAGUGCCCACAAAGCGUGUGCGCACGUUUACCAAGGCCAAGAAGAACGAAGACGCUGUGCUGGAGGCGGAACAGCGUGCGGCCAAGGAGCGCGCUUUGGUGCCGCUGGAAACACGCGUCACACAGUUCAAGGAGAUGCUACGUGAAAAGGAUGUGUCUGCCUUUAGCACUUGGGAGAAGGAGCUGCACAAGAUUGUGUUUGAUCCACGCUACUUGCUGCUGACAUCGAAGGAACGCAAACAGGUAUUUGAAAAGUAUGUGAAGGAUCGCGCCGAGGAGGAGCGUAAGGAGAAGCGCAACAAGAUGCGACAGAAGCGCGACGAUUUUCGCAAGCUUAUGGAGGAUGCCAAGCUGCAUGGCAAAUCGUCAUUCUCGGAGUUUAGUCAACGCAAUGCCAAGGAGGAGCGCUAUCGUGCCAUUGAGAAGGUGCGUGAACGGGAAAGUCUGUUCAAUGAGUUCAUCGUUGAGGUGCGUCGUCGCGAAAAGGAAGACAAGCAGCUACGCAAAGAGCAGAUUCGAAAGGACUUUCUGGACAUGUUGCGUGAACGCCAUGACAUUGAGCGUCACACGCGUUGGUAUGACAUCAAAAAGAAAUUCGAUUCGGAUUCGCGAUAUCGUGUUGUGGACUCCAUGUAUCGAGAGGAAUACUUUGAGGAUUAUUUGCUGAUCAUGAAGGAGGAGAAGCGCAAGGAGCGUGAGCUGCGCGAUCAGCGGGAUCGGGAGCGUCAACGGGAUCGUAAAUCCGAUCGACGGGAUAGGGAAAAGGACAAGGAGAAGAGUCGUAAGGACAGCCGCCGGGAUCGCAGUCGAUCAAGGGAUCGUGAACGCAAAUCCUCACGCGAUAAGGACGACAAGAACAAGGAACGCAAGAAGCAAGAGUCACCGGAGGAAGGCGAGCAUCGGGAGGACUCGGAGCAGGAGGAGCGUGCAGGCAGCGAGGACAGCGAAUUGGCGAGACAGCGUGAAAGCGAAGCCGAGCAGAAACAAAAGGAUCGCGAGCGCAAGCUACGCGCCGAGCAGAGCAUUCGGGAGCGUGAGAAGGAAGUGCAUCGCACUCUGGCCGGACAUUUGCGUGAUCGCGACAAGGAGCGUGAGCAUCACAAGCGUGACGAGUGCAUUGGACACUUUACAGCACUGCUGACGGAUCUGGUGCGCACUCCGGACUUCACCUGGAAGGAGGUGAAGCGUCAGCUGCGUAAGGAUCAUCGCUGGGAGCUGAUUGAGACACUCGAUCGCGAUGAUCGUGAGCGCAUUUUCAACGAGCAUAUUGACAAUCUGAUGAAAAAGAAGCGUGAAAAGUUCCGCGAGAUGCUCGAUGAGAUUGGCACUCUGCAACUGACCAGCACCUGGAAGGAGAUUAAAAAAUUAGUGAAAGAUGAUCCCAGAUAUCUCAAAUACAGUUCGGAUAAGGGUGAGCGCGAGUAUCGCGAUUACAUUAAGGACAAAACAAUGCAGGCGAAGACUGCGCUGCGUGAACUGCUGCAGGAAUGCAAAUUCAUAACACACAAGAGCACCGAUCUCAUUAAGGAGAAUGCCAAUCAUCUGAAGGAGAUCCAGGACAUACUCAAGAACGAUAAACGUUACUUGGUGCUGGAUCAUUUGGAUGAGGAGCGUAGCAGUAUUUUGCUGGCAUUCUUGGAGGAGAUGAACAAACGCGGCCCGCCACCACCGCCGACUGCCUCCGAAUCCACACGACGCAAUAAAUAAAGCGACAGCAAACAACAGCAAAACUAUUUCAUUAACAAAAGAAAAGCAAACAAAAGAAUAACUCAAAAACCAUUUAUUUUUAAGCAUUGGAAUUAUGUAGCGCCUAAAUAAAAUAUUUUAAACCUUUCACAAAACAUGUAACUACUUUACAAUAAAUACAAAAUGAAAGAAUAGACACUGGGCUCUAUAUGCAUGUAUAUAUUGUUUUUGUUUUUAUUGAUCAUUUAUCGCGUUAAAUUAGAUUUGUAUCUCUUCGAUACAUAUACAUAUAUAUAUAUAUCUUCAUCUGUAUCUUUUUUCGUAAUUUUCAUAAUUCUAACUCUUUAUGUACUGUGUUUUAUUUUUAACUUCUCGUUCAUCGCUACCAUUAUUGUUAAAUACACAUUCGUUCUGAACUCAUUGUUUUUAGUUCCUAGUUACUAAAAAAUACAAUAAUAAUUUCCAUAAUGUCAGUUUUCAUAUUCGUUUUCAACGUUGGCGCCACCCUAGGGUUGUUUUUUUAAAUACAUAGUUGAAAUUAUUGUAGAUAUUCUAGAUCUGUACUUCAAUUUAAAUGUCUGUGUGUGUGUGUUGUUGUGUGUUUGUUUAGGAACUAAUAGCGAAAAUAAUGCGCUCCGUUUUGUGUUUUACAAAAACUAUGUACUUUCUCCAUUUCGUUUUGUUUUGAUUUUUGUUUACAUUUAAAUUUGUGGUGUCAUUGCGCUGUUAACCAAAGGUUCAACAAGUCAAAUGUGGAUUACUUUCUACACAAUCCACAGAUUUACUAAACUCAACUAAUCUGCUUUCUUAUCGAUGCUACUUUGGGUGUGAUUCAAAAAGAAUUGAAAUUGUUAAAAAUGUGAAAUAAAUUUCCAAUAUUUGAUCAUGAAACAUUAGUGAAUGAAAUAUUCCAGUUAGUACUGACUAAAGUUUAUUCUUGAUACCUUCAGAGAUGAUUGAUUGGCGGCGGCAAAUUAAUAAUACAAACUCUUUUUCUUAUAUAUGACUUUUCUAGCUUUUCCGCAGUAACUAAAGUAUUCUUUCUUCAUCCGCAUUUGAUCACAGUUUCUUGGAAGCCUUGUUCCGUAAAUCAAAAUAAGAAACAAGCCAAACGCACGCUGCCAUCAUCACUAGGGAAGUUAUUUGUUAAAUUUGUUGCUGAAAUAUGUUAAGCAAUUAAAUUUCUUGUCGUGGUGUUCGUUUUUUUUCUUUUUUUGUUUUGUUUUAGUUCUCUGCUCUACGCUAAGUGCUAUGUUAAUCGAUUCACUAUGUUUUACUCUAUAUCAGUUAGUUGCUAUUAAUAUGUAAUAUUAAUUAAUUGUUGUUCUUCUUGUUGCUCAAUUGUUUCAUUUUCAUUUUGUUUUGUUUUUGGUUAGGCACAAAGUAACUGGUUUUCUCAUGGUUCACGAUCGUUUUGUUUUUUUGUUUUCUUUUGUUUUUUACAAGCUAUUUUUUAAUUGCUAGUUAUUUGUUAUUUUAGUUGCUACUAUCAAUUUAUUGAACAGUUUACGAGUGGUUCGCUUCUUUAUCUAUUUGCUAUGUCUAUAUAUAUAAUAUUAGUUCAAUAAAUUGCUACAAUUUGUUUUUUCUCAUUCUCCACACAUCGUACAUAU